CUCUCACAUGUUAUCACAGCAUCUGAAUGUGGUCGUAAAAAGGAGGCCAAACGCUUGAGAUAAUGGUCGACGUUACAGUCAUUUCAUCAUUACAGAUUUAUCCUGUAGAGAUCGAGGCUACAUCAAUCAACAAGGUGGCAUGAUUGUCUUGGAGCAGCAGAAGAGAUCCCACGUGAAACUUACCAAGAUGAAGAUACCCUCAAGACCGAGACAAACAGGUUUAACAUAGUGACAGGAACCACAACCUGUUAGGCAAUCAUGCCAACGUCCACAGAUAAGCAGUGUUUGAGGCCUCCCAGCACCAUCCACCCUUCAUAUGCUUCCUGGUAAACUCAGCUUCAAGGCACUGCACUGGCAAUGUUUUUGAUGUAACUGCGAUUUUCUCCGAUCUUCAAGUCUUGACGUCACCUUAAAGUCAAGAGAAUGAGUCGUUUGAAGGGUCUGAAGGCCGAAUCAUCACAGUUUACUCUCGAGGGAAAACCCUUCCGCAUUCUAGGAGGCUCCAUCCAUUACUUCCGUGUCCCCAGGGCCUACUGGGAGGACCGGCUGCUGAAGAUGAAGGCUUGUGGCCUUAAUACACUCACAACAUAUGUGCCAUGGAACCUGCAUGAGCCUGAGAGAGGGAUAUUUAACUUUCAGGAUCAGCUGGACCUCAAGGCCUAUGUCAGUUUAGCAGCACAGAUGGGUCUCUGGGUGAUCCUACGUCCUGGACCUUAUAUUUGCGCUGAAUGGGACUUGGGCGGGUUGCCUAGCUGGUUGCUACAAGAUAAAGACAUGCAGUUGAGGACAACUUAUCCUGGAUUUGUUGAUGCCGUCAACUUGUAUUUUGACAAGCUAUUCUCUGUGAUCAAACCUUUGAUGUUUGAAGAAGGAGGCCCAAUCAUUGCACUACAAGUCGAGAACGAGUACGGAUCAUUUGCAAGAGAUGAGAAAUACAUGCCAUUUAUAAAGAAUUGUCUCCAGUCCAGGGGUGUUAAUGAACUCCUGCUGACUUCAGACAACUGGGAAGGCCUGAGAUAUGGAGGGAUGGAUGGGGUUCUAAAAACAAUAAACCUUCAGAGACUGUCGUUUGGAGCUAUACAGCACUUAGCUGACAUGCAGCCCCAGAAACCUCUGAUGGUGAUGGAGUAUUGGUCCGGCUGGUUUGAUGUCUGGGGAGAGCACCAUCAUGUGUUCCAUGCUGAGGACAUGCUAGCCGUUGUGUCUGAGAUCUUGGAAAGAGGUGUUUCCAUUAAUCUCUACAUGUUUCAUGGUGGAACCAGCUUCGGCUUCAUGAAUGGAGCGAUAGACUUUGGUACCUACAAACCUCAGGUCACCAGCUAUGAUUAUGAUGCCCCCUUAUCUGAAGCUGGUGACUGCACCACAAAAUAUCAACUCUUGAGGAAUUUAUUCAGCCAGUACCACUCUGAGCCUCUUCCUGAAGUGCCCUCUGCUCAGGAGAAGAGAGCUUACAGCCCCGUCUUCAUCCAGCAGCACCUAUCACUGUGGGACACCUUGCAUUUCACAGACAAGCCGCACAGGUCAGAGAGGCCAGUGAACAUGGAAAAUCUCCCUGUCAACAGUAACAGCGGUCAGUCUUAUGGUUAUACACUGUAUGAAACCACCAUCACCAGUGGAGGAGCCCUGAACUCCAGGAACAACAUCAGAGACAGAGCACUGGUUUUUGUGGACCGACAAUGUGUUGGUAGUUUGGACUACAAGACACAUGAAGUUGCACUCCCUGAUGGCAAGGGACAGAGAACAUUGAGCUUGCUUGUGGAGAACUGUGGAAGAGUGAAUUAUGGGAAAGCUCUGGAUGAACAGCGCAAAGGUAUUGUGGGAGACAUUGUGUUGAAUCAGAGCCCUCUGAGAGGAUUUACCACCUUCUGUUUAGACAUGAAGCCGAGCUUUAUAAAAAGAUUAACAAAUUCAGGACAGUGGAAAACUGACUUGAAGUCACCCACUGUCCCUGGAUUUUUCCAGGCCAGACUCAGUGUGGAUGGUCCACCCAAAGACACCUUCAUCCGACUCCCUGGUUGGGGUAAAGGAGUUGUAUUUGUCAAUGGGCAGAACCUUGGACGUUAUUGGUUCAUUGGUCCCCAGCAUUUCCUUUAUCUCCCAGGACCUUGGCUCAGAAGUGGACAGAAUCAGAUUAUUGUUUUUGAGGAACAAAGAGCAGAUGACAGAAUACUGUUUGCUGAAAAUCCCGAUCAUGGAAAAACUAUUGAUGUUUACAAACUCCCCUUUUGUACAUUGCUAUAAAAACAGUGUAACACACACAACCAUAUGCACGCACAUGAAAGGACAGUUUAUUGAUACUGACAGUUAUUGUAAAUAAAUGUAAACAUAAUUCAUACUAACUAUGACAUUGCUGUACAUAGCAGAAUGAUUAUUUCAUUCAAAUGUUUAGCUAAAUGUUAUUGUCACCGAUUCCUUUUACUGAUGUAUUUUACGUGUAAAUACAGUUUUACAACGCAACACUAUUCAUUCUUCGUGUUUUUCUGGUUUUAUCAUUUAGUGUGAACUUUACUCUAGUUAGAAAUAACUCGGUACAGCCUUUUCACACAUUCUAAGCCUCUGAUUGGUCCAGAGUCUUGUCCUUUACAUGAACGGGGCUCUCAUCCUCACAAGGGACAACCAACCACACAACUACACACUAUAUACACAACUAUGUCAAUUGAUCACACGCACAACCUUGUAACCGCAAGUUAAGCCUCUUUUUUCAAAAUAAAGGUAAAAUGCUUGUGCAAAUUUGUACUUCUUUCCUACCGUAAAUAUAUUCAGAAUUACACAGCAAGGUCAAAAUCCUAAAGCCAGAAUCUUAUUUUCGUUCAGUGGGAGUUAUUCUAUGACAUAUUUUGAGCACAAAUAUGGAAUAUUUUAUAGCUUCAGUAGCAACUUCAGGUAUUUCAGGUGGGAGGAACAGAUAGAUUUUUCAUGGAAUGAAGCAUACAUAAAAAUGGUUGUGCAUACUGUAUGUAUACUGUAAAACCUGAAAAUUUGUAGCACUUUUGUUUUUAAUUUUUUUUGUUUUGUUUUUUUUAAAAAACAACAACAAACAUACUGUGUAGAUUUUCUGUGUUUUUACAAAAAUUCUAGACAUCUACCAUAACCACGUUAAAAAAACAAAAAAUGCAGAUUUCCAUCCAUUUUACCCCUGGAAAAACAGGCCAAAAACUAAAUAAUAUCCAAAAAUGUGUAUUUUUGCAUAUGGUCAUUUGGUCAUUUUCUGCUAGUCCAUAAAACUCCACUUUAUUUUAUUUUAUUUAUUUAUUUAUUUUUAGUGCAUUCCAAUCAGGUGAACUAUCACUUCACAUAUAUAUGCCAUAAUUUGAAAGAAAAAUACGUUCAUUAAUGAUUUUCCCCGUUUGGUUAAGUGUAUAAUUACUUACAAUAAUUUUAAAAAAUAUUUUACAUAUUGACAGUUAACCAAAAAAAGGUCAAAACUGCAAUUAAUGUCCAUGUUAAAAAUCUAUAUUUUAAUAAUUUGUUCUAUUACGUUUGACAAUAGUUACACUUUUUUGUUGUAUUUAUAUCAGCUACAAAAGCAAAUGUUUUACAGAUAUUUGCAUUUUUUUUUCUUUUUAAAAAUGUUUGAACGCUAAAUGAUUCCACCGUUUUUUAACGUUUUUUCUGGUACUCUUGCAGU